CGCUGAUCAGAGGGAAAUGCAAGUGCCGGUUCUCGGCUGCACUUUCCUCACGCUGUCAGAUCGUGAGGAAAGUACUGCCGAGAACCGGCAGUUGUCAGAGCGGGGAUCGGCACCGAUCAUCACGGUUGUGCCAGUCAGUGCCCAGCAGUGAUGCCAGUCAGUGCCGUCUAUCAGUACCCAUCAUCAGUGUCACCUAUCAGUGCCACCUAUCAGUGCUGCAUAUUAGUGCCGCCUAUCCGUGACACCUCAUUAGUGCUGCCUAUCAGUGCCCUUUAGUGCUGCCUAUCAGUGCUGCCUAUCAGUGCCCAUCA